AUGGGUAGGAGGUUGGCGGCGCCGCGGACGCCCACCUCCAGCAUGCCCAGCGGCGGCCGCGAGGACUGCUUGGAGGCCGUCGCGCGGACGUCGCUGGUGGCGUGGGCGGCCUCGUCGAGGACGUGGUAGCCGCCCUCCAGGCAGACCUUGACGUGGAUCCGGCCGGCGUAGCCGGAGGGAUCGCCGGCGGCGAGGUUGAGCCAUUGCGACGGCGGCUCGGAGCGGUCGUCGGAGCGGCGGUGCACACCGGAGAGGUGCACCUUGGCCUGACCCACCGGCUGCCCUGACGCCGCCUCUUCGACGGCGACCAGCAGGAAGGGCUCGAAGGGCUCCGCCGCCACGAAGAGCAGGUCCUCGUGCCAGGACGGCCCCGCGGAGCUGCCGGAGGACGACAGCAUCUUCGCCGUCCUGA